AUGCGCGAUAAUCUACAGGUGAUCCACAGAGAGACGCAUCACAGGGGGGGGGAAGAGGUGGGAGAGAAGCCGAGCGGAGAGCAGCCAUCCCAGGCAUCUCUCUCUCUCUGCGUCUGCUCGCGGUGUGUGGAGGUACAGCUGCUGCAGAGACCUCCUCCUCCUCCUCCUCCUCAUCCUCCUCCUCUUCCUCACGCGCGCAAACAGGUUUCUGCUGAAGCUGCGGCUGCUGCCAAAACUGCGCCUGCUAACAUAAAUUAA